AAUUUUACACAUUUAACUGAUUAAUAUUUAUGAGAUGAUAUGUAAUAUGUUAUGGUUGCAGUUUGAAGGAGCUGUGAAAGAGGAUGGAAGAGGUCAAACUAUAUGGGACAAAUUUUCUCAUUCUUUUGGUAAAGUAAUUGAUUUUAGCAAUGGUGAUGUAGCGGUGGAUCAGUAUCAUCGGUACCCGGAAGAUAUACAACUUAUGAAGGUUAUGGGAAUGGAUGCCUAUAGAUUUUCUAUUGCUUGGGCCAGAAUUUUCCCUAAUGGAACUGGAGAAAUCAAUCAAGCUGGAGUUGAUCACUACAACAAGUUGAUCAAUGCUUUACUAGCUCAUGGAAUUAAACCAUAUGUAACACUAUACCAUUGGGACCUUCCUCAAGCUCUAGAAGACAAGUACAAUGGAUGGCUAAGCCCACAAAUCAUAGAAGAUUUCGCAAUAUAUGCGGAGACAUGCUUCAAGAAAUUUGGUGAUAGGGUGAAGAACUGGAUCACUAUCAAUGAGCCUCAUACUGUUGCCAUCCAAGGCUUUGAUGUAGGUCUACAAGCACCAGGGCGAUGUUCCAUCCUCCUACGAGCUCUUUGUAGAGUUGGAAACUCUGCAACUGAGCCUUACAUUGUUACUCACAAUCUACUCCUUGCUCAUGCCGCUGUUGUUGACAUGUACAAAAAGAAGUACAAGCCAACACAACAUGGAUCAAUUGGGAUAUCACUUGACAGCUUUUGGUAUGAGCCUUUAACAAACUCCAAAGAUGACAUUGAAGCAACACAAAGGGCCAUUGAGUUUAAUUUAGACUGGUAUCUUGAGCCUGUGAUUCUUGGAAGGUAUCCGAGUUCGAUGGUAGAGAGAGUGGGAAGCCGGUUGCCUAAAUUUUCACCAACUGAGUCUGCACUCGUGAAAGGUUCCUACGAUUUCAUAGGCAUAAAUCACUAUACUACAUGGUAUGCCAGCAAGAACAAAACCAACAUAAUUGGUGCUCUGCUCAAUGACUCUGUUGCAGACUCUGGUGCUAUUACCCUUCCAUUCAAAGGUAUAAAGCCAAUAGCAGACAGGGCAAGUUCAGUAUGGUUGUACAUAGUACCUCAUGGUAUUAGAAGCUUAUUGAACUACAUCAAGCAAAAGUAUGACAACCCUCUAAUCAUAAUCACUGAAAAUGGAAUGGAUGAUUCAAAUAACAUAUUUACAUCGCGAAAAGAUACUCUCAAGGAUACAAAAAGGAUCAAUUAUCACAAUGACUAUCUUACUAAUCUGCUAGCUGCUAUCAAAGAAGAUGGUUGCAAUGUGAAAGGAUACUUUGUGUGGUCUUUGAUGGAUAACUGGGAAUGGGCAGCUGGAUUUUCGUCGAGAUUUGGUCUUUAUUACGUGGAUUACAAGGACAACCUCAAGAGAUAUCCCAAAGAUUCCGUGAAUUGGUUCAAGAAUUUCUUAGGAUCUACUUAAAUUGAUACAUGUUACUUACAAACACCAUAUAUGCCUAGAUUGCAUGCGUAAAAAGGCAUAACGCGAUGUAUUCAAACAUUUUAUUCUUUCACAGUAUCUUAAUGUCAUUCAAUAGAUUCCACUUAGUUUUCUCAUACAAAGGUUGUUUGGUGUCAUACAAAUUUUUUCAUUGUUCGAUCACUUUCCUUUCUGCUAUUAUGUGAUUAAUUUGUACUCAAA